AUGGUUGUAAGAACGACGGAAACUGGAAGAGAGAUCUCGAUCUCGAUAAGAGCUCCAGUGGAAUAUGAAUCAACGGAUCUUCGGGAGCUCUUCGAAAAGUCGAGAAGCUUCAAGUGUAGAAGGAGGAGCUCUGGUGGAAGGAGCAGUUCCGACGGCGUGGGCACAUCGUUCUUCUGUACGGUGAUUUUGCGGCUCCUCGAAAGUCUUGCUUGA